AUGUUAUUACGAGACAUCACUCUGUUUUCUGAUUUUUCUGUUCCUCCAUGUGUUUUCUCAGACGAAGUCUCUUCCUCGAGUCAACGGCAUUCCCACAAAACUGGAUUACCAUUUAUCAUUCCUGACGUCAGUGAAGAAUUAAAGCCCAGAAAGGACAUGGUAUUCUCAAGCCUUGAUGAUUGUUAUUCAAUGUAUGUUAAGUAUGCCAAGGAGUGUGGGUUUUCAGACAGGAAAGGGACUACAAAGAGAAACUCUAAAGGUGUCUUACAUAUUGAGUAUUUCUUGUGUACGAGAGUUGUGGUAUAUAAGGAUAAGAAGGUUGAUACUUUGGACCCCAAUCAAAAGGAGCGAGUAGUGCGAUCUAACUUUUCAAAGAGGACUGAUUGUGGUGCAUUGUUAUGUGUGCUUUUUGAGGAUGGAUUUUGGAAGGUGUAUAAGUUUGUCGAGGAGCACAAUCAUGAACUUGUUGAACGUCCUGAUAAGCAUUUUCUUCCAACUGAACGACACCACACUCAACUCCAGAAGCAUGUUAUACACAGCAUGUCUAAGCUGAAUUUGGGUCCUGUCAAGGCGUUUAAUGUUAUGAAGACUUGUUUUGGAGGUUUUGAAGACGUGGGUGCAAACAAUCAUCACUGCAAUGUUACAUUUGGUGCAACAUUGUUGUCUUCGGAAACUGCUGAUACGUAUAUUUGGUUGUUAAGAGUUUUUUUAAAAGCUGUUGGUUCUCAACCAAAAGUUGUUGUCACUGACCAAGAUCCAGCGAUGAAGAAAGCUAUUUCUGUUGUAUUUGUUGACACGAGGCAUCGGUUAUGCAUGUGGCAUGUGAUGCAUAAACUUUCUCUGAAGGUUGGUGUUAGGCUAUGUAAUUCCACCAAUUUUAAAGAACGUAUUUGUGGUGUUGUGUGGACGGAUAUUCUCACACCUGAAGAGUUUGAAUCAAAAUGGGAAGCGGUUAUUGCAAAAUUCAAUUUAGAAGAUAAUGACUGGCUAUCUGAUAUUUUUGCACUUAGGGAAUCUUGGAUCCCUGCAUACUAUAGAAUGGAGCAUAUGUCUGGUCUUAUGCGAACGACAUCCAGGUCGGAGAGUGAGAAUCAUUUUUUUGGUCAAGUGUGCAAUUCGAAAGCUACUCUUGUUGAGUUCAUGACGCUUUAUGAGACUGCAAUAGAAGCACAGCGUCACACACAUCGUAAAAAUGAUCAUGAAUCUCGAUACAAAAGACCCCAGUUGAAGAGUAGUUACAAAUUGUUGGAAGGGCAAGCUGUUUAUAUAUACACAAAAAGUAUUUUUUGUGACGUUCAAGCUAAGCUUAUUGGAGUUGCGGAUUGCAUAAAUCAACGUUAUGAAGAUCAGCCUGAUGACAUACAUUCUAUGCAUGGCGUUAUAGAGAUAUUGUUUUUGGCGUUUUUCAGGGAAUUUCCAAAACAAUACAUUUUGAAUAGAUGGCGCAAAGAGGCCUCCCCAAACUGCUCUCCUGAAUUCUCAAUUAGUCGUGAAUAUAUGACCGAGCUUGAUCCUGUUGUGCAAAGUAUGAUGCGAGAUAUUAUUUAUUCAACCGAAUACACUUUGAACCGUUUAUCUGGUAAUAAAGAGGAGCUAUCCUUAUACAAGGAUCAUGUUCAAUCUUAUAUGAAGAAGGUUCAAGAUAUGCAGAUUGUUGCUCCUCCCGCUAGUUCUAGGGAUAUAUUUGCCGAGAUAACUGGUCAAUAUAAAAACGACAAGAAUCCGAUAAGAGUCCCUGUAGGUUAUAAAUCCAAAGGUUCUGGUUCUCGGAAGCGCCUGAAAUCUAAACAGGAGAGAGCAAUCGACAAAAAGAAAUCAAAGUCGAAACUCGGGGCCAAAGAAAGACAGUGUCAGAACUGCAAAGCCUAUGGACACUUGUUGGUAGCUCAACAAACGUCAUCAUCCAGUGCUAAUUCGAUUGAAGCUGGAAAGAAGAAAGCUUAUCUAGUUAAUCAAGAUGAUGAAAUAUUGCAAGAGGGAUUUAGCUGGGACAAAUACAUUCUGGCUUAUUCAAAGUUUAGAGAAUUUAUUGCAUAA